AUGGCUCACCAACCAUACCUCUACAAUGUCGUCAGCAAUAAUUCACGUUUUCCAGAGCCAAAGUUCGACCCAAAGGCAGUGACCCGCGCAAGCUGGGAGCCGCAGCCGCGCAAGCCGAAGCCUGAUGGGCCUUUGGUUACCUUUAACCGUCAUCCCGAUGCUCAUCUGGUCCUCAACCAUCGAUCCAACAACUAUGUUGCUCUCGGCCCUAGAACGAAGAGCUGGAUCAAGGCGAUGCGCAUCGCCCAGUUAUGCUUGAGGGCCCUAGAAUUGGUCGGGGCUGCUGGACUACUUGCCCUGCUUAUUCUGCUAGACAAUAUCGAGACUUUGGCUGGCUGGGUCAUGCGUAUUACGCCGGGUGUGGCCAUGGUACACUGCCUCUACGGCAUAUACCAUCUCCAGCGGCCUGCCGGAGGCCGCAGUCCUGCCUCGUCUACUGCCUACCAACUUUUCGCCAGCAUCUCUGAUCUUGGUGUUAUGCCUCUGUACGCCUACGGUGCUCUUACUGUCAACAACAGCGGUGGCACCUGGAAGACGCGCCUUUCCGACCAAAGCCUACUUGACUAUUUUCUUCCAGCCGUCUUUUAUACCUUUAUCGGUGCAGGGGGCUUGCACUUGAUCUCUCUCGGCAUCUCAAUAUGGCUUGGUGUCAUGUUCCGCAGGAUUACCGAACUGCCCCCCGACAUGAACCCCUUAGAGGACAACCUCACCUCCCGGGCCAAACACAAGAGAAACAAGUCCAGUAUUGCGACCUCCAUGAGCGGCGACAGCGAAAAGAGGCUAUCCACACCUCUUGAGGAUCGUCGUCGAUCAGGUGCUCCGUAUGAGGAUGUAUCUCGACCACCUAGCAUCCCUUUUCAACGAACCCGCGCCGGCUCAGACGUUUCCAGUUUCAACCACAAUUCCGUUGUUGAUCUUCCCAGUCGCCAGUACCAAGUUCCUCCAGGAAAUCUACAAAACCAGACAGCAGGCGUCAGCGAAUACGCUCGCGCGUCUGGGCCUCGGUCCUCAUACCGUGGGUCUUACACCGAGGUACCGCUCCACGAGACCAACAUCGCAGGAUCCCGAACUUCUCUUUCCUCCGCAGUCCCGGCCCCUGGAGGCAAAUUCACCGAGACAUGGUUUGCGACAGACUCCAUGAUCUCCCGCACUCAGAAGCGAAACCGCGCAAUGGACCAAGCCACGACAGCUGCGAACACGCAGCGACAGGGAACGAGGAACAGCACUUACGAAGCUCUGUCUCAAAGAUACAACGUCGCAGAUUCCGAUUCAGAGCAUGACGAGAACGACCUUGCUGGCAGUGACUUUGAGAAUGAUAUCGGCAAGAGCCCUCACCCGAACCCAUUGAAGUCCCACCCGACGCCCCCCAAGACCAAGACUCCGUACUACUCGCUCAAGGAUACGGCACUGUCGGAAGUAGACCUCAACUCUCGUAGGGUCAGUGGUACCAACGACAUUGCCGAUCAGAGACCUUCAUCGCUCGUCCCUCAACCCUGGCCGCGCAACCGCGACAGCUCUAUCCAACCCGAGGCUGAUUUCUACUCUAAGCCGUACGGUGAGCUGAAGUCGGCGACUCCUCCAGUCAUGAUCGGCGGUAACCGUCAAGUGUCAUCCGGCAAUGACUUUAAAGACAACAAGUACUCGUCGGCUUAUGGAAGGCGUAACGUGAGUGGUAAGGUCGCUGAAGAGGGUCUCGCAGGGUCGAAGGGCGCUCAGCAGUAUGGCGUGGCGCGGUGA